AUGGCUAGUACUCGGAUUGAUAAUGAGGACUCUCCGAAUUUACGCAUUGUAUAUGAGGAAUUGAAACUUCUUCGCGAAUCUGUUACCUUUUGUAGUAAUAAGGUCUCCGAUUUUGAAGGGUCUAUCAAUAAACACUCUGAUUAUGUAAAGCUUACAAAUCAAUUGCGAACAGAAAAUGAACAAUUGAAGUCUGAACUGAGUAAACUUUCUGCUAAAAUCAAUAACAUAGAGCAAACAAACAGGCUUAGAAAUGUAGAAAUAUCAGGUGUCACCGAGCAAACCAAAGAAAACUUGGUGAAAAUUGUUCAAACCAAUGGCAAUGCCAUUGAUUUUAAAAUCGAUGAAAGUACAAUUGAAUCUAUAACUCGUGUCCCAACAAAUAAUUCUGAUAAACGACCAAAGAAUAUUGUCCUUACUUUGAACACUAGACGUCAGAGAGAUGAUAUUAUAGCAUCAGCAAAAUUAAAAAUUCGUAAUUCUUCCAGUAAGCCACUAAUAUUGGAUGGAAUGUCAACUCCCUUUUAUUUAAAUGAACACCUAACAAUGUCAAUAAAGUGA